GCGGAUGGUUGGUUGAAUGCUUGUUGCGAAGUGCGUGGUUGCGGGAGACGGUAGAAAGCGUGUGACGUUACAAGUGUGGAUUCCCCCCUUCUCCGUCCCUCCUCCCCCCCCACCUCUUCCCGGACACGGCUGCUAGGAAAUAGAGAGCGGCGCGAGCGACUGGUAGGCAGACGGAUUCAGAUAUGGCGGCGGCGACAGGAGGAGGGGGGGGUAAAAUCCGAAACAAGAGACACCAUAUCAUCAGCAAACCUUACGCUAAGAACCAGGGAAUCAUUGGAAGAGUCACAAACACAGUGAAGAAUAUAGUACCUGGGUGGCUGCAGAAAUACUUUGGGAAGACAUCAAAGACAGAACCAGCUGAAGCAGGAGGGUCGCUAAACAACCAUGAAAAUGAUCCAGUCCUCGUAAAUGAGACCCCACCAUUUGAUAAUGGAAAACACCAACGAGCACCAACAGCCAGCAGGAUAGCGGUAAGCACACCAUCAAGCAAAUCUGCUUUAAAUUUCUCAGAAAUGCUUCUUCUGCGACCAGCUCUCAGUCGAGCACACAUUAAUUGUGCUGCACUAGAUACUCCUGUGCAUGAUUGUCAACCGUCCACAUCCUCCUCUUUUCCUAUUGGCAAUUCAGGAUUCUCACUGGUAAAGGAAAUCAAAGAUUCUGGCUCACUACAUGAAGAUGAUAACAUCUCCACAACAAGUGGUUUCUCUUCCCGAGCUUCUGAUAAAGAUGUGAUACCGUCGAGGAAUGCUUCUUUGCCACCUCUGUGGUCCCCAGAAGGGGAGCGCUUUCAUUCUGCUCCCCAGCAACCUGCUGUAAGCUUGAAAAGACCAGCUUUUAAUCUGUCUGCAUUUGGAAAUUCACCUCCAUCUUUUAUUAGUACUUCUUUACUAAAUUCAAGCCAGCUUGGGGAUUCUUCUUUCUAUCCUGGCAAGACUACUUAUGGUGGGGCGGCGGCAGCAGCUGUAGGAAGAGCUUCUCAAACUCGAAGUACACCCUACCAGGUUCCAAUAAGGAGACAGAUGAAAGCAAAACCGGCAAGUUCACCCUCGUAUGGUGUGACGAGUGCCACUGCCAGACGUAUCCUUCAAUCUUUAGAAAAGAUGUCAAGUCCUUUAGCCGAUGCUAAAAGAAUUCCUUCAACAGUAACCUCUCCCUUGUCCAUGUCCUUGGAGAAAAGUACCAUAGAUGCGACUGGUUGGCAGUCCAAAAUGAGAAAGCUGGAAGCACAGGGUCCUCCUGUGCAGAAACUUCAAACACCUGUGAUUGUUUCUGGAGCAGUUAAUAGAUCCAUGUUUUUCAAGCCAUCUCUGACCCCUGGAGGGCAGAGUAACAGACACAUUGACAGGACAGAAAAUCAAAACAAUCGAGUGAGGGAGAAAUCACCUGUACCUGAAAUUAGCCUUCAAGCAACAAAAAGUGAUAGCUGUUCAUAUCAAUUAAUUGGCUGUCGUGCAACCAAUGGUCUUACAUCUGGAGGAGCUGGAGGAAAAAUGAAGAGAGAUAAAGGACAUUACUCAUCUAGAAGUGCACAGGAGGUAAAGGCCCUAGCCCCAGAACUGCCUGAAGUAUCUUUACCAAUUAAAAAUACAAAAUUGCCUACCUUCAACUUUGGCUCCCCUUCCACAACUCUAUCACCUGUAAUAUCUACUGUAACACAAUCUUUUCCUGACAAGGUAGUGGUGUCCAGUCCAAACAAUGCUGCCUUUACCUUUUCCACACCAAACAUAAAAGCAACUGAGGCAAAUCUGCACCCUAUUUCAGUGUCUACUGGAUUUACGUUUAGUGAGCCAAUUGACAAAUCUGUUCCAUUUGUCUUUGUAUCUGCCAGACCUUCAAUUAAUGCAGCAAAAUGUGUCUCAUUGCCUUCUAUUUCGACACCAACAAAUGAGAGAAAAGGUGAAGAAUGUGAUGGACUAUUGAAACCUGCUAAAACUCUGAAGCAAGGCAGUGUCUUGGACAUUUUGAAAGGGCCUGAGUUCAGUUCGCCUUCAUCAUCCACUCAAUGUAUUACCAAGUCCUUGGACAUUACACCAGCUACUGUGAAGCCUUUACCAACAACUACUGAAAAAAAUAGUUCCUCCAUUGAGAGCUCAAGCACCUUUGGAUUUGGAGAUAAGUUCAAACCUGCUGAAGGUUCCUGGCAAUGUGGCUCCUGCUUUGUACAAAACAAAAUCACAGACAGUAAAUGUGUUGCUUGUCAGACUUCCAAAAUUGUACUCCCUAUACAGACUGAUAAUGAGUCAACCAGCAGAGACAAACCUACAUGUAAAGAGACUCCAGUGAGUUUUGCAGACAAAUUCAGACCUGCAUUGGGCACAUGGAGCUGUGAUAUCUGUUUGGUUCAAAACAAAUCAGAAGCUGUAAAAUGUGCAGCUUGUGAUUCGCCAAAAGCUGGAACUGGAGUGAAAUCUGCACUGGCUUUGCCUGCGGUGAUUGAAAGUACAAGGAACAGAGAGUCAAAUCCUUCAAGCAGUAACCCUGUGGGUUUGGGAUUGGCAGAUCAGUUUAAGAAACCUGAAGGCGUGUGGCACUGUGCUGUGUGCCUCUUAGAAAAUAAAGCUGAAGAUAGCAAGUGUGUGGCUUGCCAGUCUGCUAAGCCAGGUAUUGUUGUACCUGUUGUAGCCAACACUACUGCUUCAACACCGACAGAAGGAAUUCUAGGAUUUGGUGACAAAUUCAAGAAGCCAGCAGGGUCCUGGGAUUGUGAAGCAUGUUUCGUUCAGAACUCAUCAAACAUAACAAGAUGUGUUGCUUGUAAAACUGAGAAAACAGGCAGCAAGAUCGAACCUAAAGGCCUCAGCUCUUCUGUAUUAUCGACUGUUGCUUCUCCAUUCAGCAUUGGAAUGCAGCCCUCAACAGUAGACUCUUCGCAAAGUAAAGAUGGUGCUACUGGUUUUAAAUUUGGAAAUCAGGGUGGUUUUAAAUUUGGGACGUCAGAUUCUGCUUCCUCAACCACUGCCUUUGGAGGACUUAAAUUUGAAGUUGCAGGGGCUUUCAAAUUUGGACUUAAUUCGACUGAGAAAAUUUCAGAGGAAAACAAGAAGGAUAACUCUAAAGCUACUAGUGGUGGAUUUAAAUUCGAGGUAGCUGCCUUUGGUAACAAUCCAACUUCAACUAAGUUUGCCUCUGAUACAAGUCAACAAAGUAAGAAGAGUGACGUGGCGCCUGGGGGUUUUAAAUUUGAUACGAGUGGUACAUUUAAACCUGAGGAUAAGGGCACUGCAAGUGUCUUUAAAUUUGGCACAGAGGACAAUAAAGAAACCUCAGUAAUGCAGUUUCAGCAGGACAAAGCAGAAGAAAGAAAAGAUGCUGCAACUGUAAAUGCAGUUCUGCUUGAAAAAGCAGUAGAUCAGGAGCCUUUGGCAGCGAAAGCUUUUGUGUUUGGCAAACCAGAUGAGAAACAGAACUCUUUGUGCUCUACACCAGUUGCAUUUGGUAAAAGGAAAGAUGUUGAACCGCAACUACAGUCUGAACUUACUUUUAAAAAGCCAGACCAAACCAAAGAAUCAGCAUCUUUGUCUGACACUUCAAAAGCAGAACCUAAGACUGGGUUUACUUUCAACUUGGUUAAACCUGUUGAAAAACCAGAGGCAACAGAAACUGUACAGCAAGGAUUUGUGUUUGGGGCUACAGUAAAUACUUCAGAACAAGGAAUUACAAAACCAGCCUUCAGCUUAUUUGGCAACAGUUCUUCCAUGUCCACUGCAGCAAAUGCUGCGGGUUCCGCACCCCCCUCCAUCUUUGGUAAUUCUGCAUCUGCUACAAACCCACCAUUUUUAUUUGGACAGGCGAGCACCACUGCGGGAAGUGCAAAUCUUGGAAGCUGUUCUGAGUCGACAGUUGCUGCAACCAAGCCAUUUUUAUUUGGCUCACAAGAUAUUAAACCACCUGUCAGCAAUUCAAGUACAGGGACUUCUGUAGCAUUCCCAUUUGGCUCAACACCCAGUAGUAGCACUGCUACAUCAUCUGUGUUUACAUUCGGUGCUUCAACCACAACAUCAAGUUCAACAGGUGGUUCCUCAAACUCUAUCUUUGGGUUUGGAUCAAGUUCUACAGCUGCAGCAAAUCCUCCAGCUUUUGGUGGUGUACAGACCCCUGUUCCUCUAUUUGGGCAAAGCAGCAGUCAGCCACCUACUGCCUUUGUUUCGGCUGGUGCACCUACCUUUGCAUUCUCAACAGGUUGUCAGCAACCUGCCUUUGGUUCACAGUCUACCAGUAGCCAACCAUCUCUCUUUGGAGGACAGUUACCCAACCAACAAACCACAUUUGGUUCAAAUUCAUCUACCUCGAGUAAUGCUUUCCAGUUUGGAAACAGUGGUCAAAGUUUUAACUUCAGUGCCACCAAUUCAUCAAAUGAGGUUUUUAAAUUUGGAUCUGCUUCUACGGGAGCAACACAACAGCCUGGAUCCACUGGUGGCUUUCAGUUCAAUUCAUCCCCUGGAUUCGCUGUUGGGGUUAGCAGCACCAAUCCUUUUUCGACAACGUCUAGUGGCCGUUCAACUGUUACUGGGCGGAAGAUAAAGACUGCAGUUAGGCGCAAGAAGUAGAUGUCAGAACUGUUUAAAAACAGCUAAUUAUUGAAAAUGUAUUUUCUAUAAAGAGCUGGUGCCCUGCAUUAAUAAUUGAAUUGUACCUCCUUCUGGGCUUUAUCAGAUCUACCUAGGACCAUUUGAACCUGCAUAUAAUUGGUCGCUGCUUUUAGUUGCCUGGUGAUGGGUGGACUGUAGAUUUUUUUUUGUGAGAUCCCAGCAGUGUCAUUAGUAAAAGACUUGGCAUGGUCUGGCUACAAACAACCUGCAAAGUGAAUGGCUUUGUACAUUGAUACCUCUUCAUCUGCACCACUAGAUAUUGUUCAUAACCCACUCAAUUGUACCGAAAGAUUUGUACGGACUGAAGAGCAUCAGUGAGAAUAGGGCUGAUAAUUGUGCAAAGGUUUCAUCACAAUGUGUGAAAUAUGAGUGUGUGUAGAUGUUAAAUGGAUGGCCUAUUGUGCACUGAUGUUUUCUGACUGCAGAAUGAUUGAAGAAUCAUACUUCAAGGACUUCAAAUGAAUUGUCUUCAUUUUCAUAGAACAUGUGCUUUUUAAAAAUUCUGUUUAUGCUUUUUUGACUUCAUUUUAUUACAAGCUAUUAUGUACAUAUCUUAUGAUUUUCAGUCAAUUACCAUUCUUGGACAAAAUCACAUCUGUGAACUUGAAUUAUUUUUUGUUAUAGUGGUAUGUUUUUUGUUCAGUACUGUCUAUUAGAAGAUUUUAUUAUGUAAAUCUCAUUAUUCAAAGUUGCCUAAUCCAUUUAACAUCCUUUGUGAUUUAAAAAAAAAUUGGGAACUCUUUAAAGUUUGCAUAUUGGCUUUUGUGAUCCACUUUUGUUUGGACCAAAACAGUGUUGUACAAAGUAUUAACUAUAUAUUUUUAUAUUUGUUUAAAUGGACUAUGGUGACUUUGGAUAAUAAGGAGAACAAUUUAAUAUUAAAGCCAUGUUUAUUACUGUAUGAUUAACAAAACCAUGGGAUAAAU